UCUUCCUCUCUCUCUGACCUUCAUCCACCAGAGGAUAUUUUUUUUUACCAAGGGCGGUGUUUUCAUUGUGAAUGUUAGACAGCGCCGUCGUCACGAGCAUCGCUGGUCACAGAGGAAGAAGGAAUAUGUGAAGGAUAAUUGCACCUUCCCAAAGAAGAAGAAGAAAUUGUUCCGUACAUCAACGGUUCUGCUCCUCGAUGAAUAGCAUGGAAGGUGGUCCCUCUUCGAGUCACGAUCCCACCCGAAUGGCAGCGUCUCCCCUAAACGACGCUCCAGUUGACACAAACGAGGGUGAAUGUCCAACUGCUAGCGAGGCCGUGAGCCCCGCGAUGAGUCCCGCGACCCGCAGUCCAGGUGUGGACGCUCCAGAGUGCGCCGACUUGAACCUUGUCCCUCCACCACGGCCGCCCAACCGCCCCUUUGGAGAAAUUGCUGUGGCGGUUUCCUUCGUUUUCGUAGUGGUAACGGCGCCUCUAACAGCCGUAUAUGUCACGCGCAAGGGUGCACAGAACACAGACAACAUUCACCUACUGUGCAAUGACUCCGUCUGUCACAUGGAAGCCCACUACUAUGAGGACAAGCUGGACAGUAGCGUCGACCCUUGCGAAGACUAUUAUGGUUACGUAUGUUCCAGCUCUUGGUAUGCCGGAGACUUGCGCUCCGCGCCCUACCUGAGCCAGACAUCCGGAUACCUCUACCAGGGUUUAAAGCAAUUUGGUGCGGCUUACCUCAAGCAAGAUAGGAACCAUAUCCAACAGAACAGACAUCACUUCGGCCACCAGAUCGUCCUCUUCAUUGAAAACUGUGUCAGGGAUUCGGCGAAAGGUCGACACGAGAAUGCAUCGUUGGCGAGCGUGUUGAGGUACUUCAACUUGGAGAUGUGGCCGUACCAAAAGUCGAUACGCUCACGCCAGAACGUGGCUCAUGUUGCCGGGAAGCUUGCAGGCUCUUUGGCGCUCUUUCCAUUUCUUGAGACCCGUCUUCACCUGUCUCCUGGAGCUAGGCCUAAGGUGCUCCUUGGCCAGGCGGAGUUGGUUCUGCCUGUUCACGAGUUGAUGGACGAGAGCAAGGCCAUGGACUGGUACAGGGAUCUGGUCACACGAGCCGUUCGCUUGGUCCAUGGCGGAAAGCGGUUUGUCGGUAUUGUGGACGGGAUCCUGGAGGUGGAGCGAGCAUUGAGUCGUGCAGUUGAGGCUGUGCCGAACGACAACACAUUAUUCCAGGUGCGUCUGAGCAGUUUGCCCGUGCAUCGUCGUUGGGACUGGGUGACCUACAUGAACGGAGUCCUGAAAGGGACUUCAGCAGUCAGCGGCAACGAAGAAGUCGUCGUGCGAUCUGUGAGCUUCCUACAACGCCUUUCUCGACUCACUAGAGGUUUUCCUGUGGAGGCCCUGCUGAACUAUCUGGGGUACCGGCUCGUGUUGGCUCUGUCACCGCUACUGCCGGCCGAUUUCCUGGUGCCUUUGGCUGUCAAGGGGCGGCGCUGGCAUGGCUCUGAACGCGUUCAGAGCUGUGUACAACUAGUUGAGAAUGUGUUCGACCGAGCGUUGACUUUCGUUCUCCAACGAACGUCUCCUUUUCUUAAUGACGUGGACACAAAGCAGAAACUGCGGGGCUUGAUGUCCAGCCUGGACAACGCCCUUAUCAGGCUGCUGAGCGGGUCUCGCUGGAUGACAUCCCAGGACAAGAACGUAACCCUCCAGAAACUUGCGAACGUGUCUGUCAGCUUCCUCGAUGCCCACGAGUCCGAGCAGGACUUGAACCAGUACUUCGUCGAGGUACCCAUGCUGAACGAGCGAAGUCUUGUCGAGAGCUACUUCCACAUGAAGGUCUCGGUGCAAAGGAAGUACUGGAACGCGUUCCACAAGAAUAUGUCCUACUUGAUGCAUCACGAUAUCAGCAACCUACUUCCGGAAUACAGGUAUGACCCCGUAUCCAAUGCGCUGUUUCUCCCCUACGGCGUGGUGGGGUUCUUGAUGCAUUCCAAGGACGUUCUACCGAUGCACGUCCCUCGAUUUUUACCCUACGCCAUACGCGGACUGUUUUCUGCUGUUAUGACACUAAAGGUUGCCCACGACAACGGCAUGUCGUGGAGCAGAAAGACCGCCCUCAACUUCGCCCACACGUCUUUCUGCUUUCUACGGCAGUACAGCGACGUGAUCUCCAAUGAAAUCGACCAUGCCGUAGACACUGACGUGUUCCUCGAAGACAUCCUGCGGGACAACGCUGUCCUGGAGCCGCUUUAUCGUGUCUACGUAAACUCCUUCCCUGCUCAGCGGGGGAAGCCUGCGGGGUUCCGUUUACCGACCCUGACGACCUUGACCAGCGACGAACUGUUUUUCAUAAAUUACGCCAUCGGAUAUUGCGAAGACGUGCGGAACGAAACGAUGGUUCGGCAGCUUAUCUUCAAAGAGAAAAUACCAGCCAGAUAUAAAGUGAACUUGCCGCUGAGUAAUUAUCGGCGGUUCGCUGCGGUGUACAAGUGCAAGAACGGGUCGCGAAUGAAUCCCGUCAGGUCGUGCAAUGUUUGGUGAUAAGAAAAGUAUUCCGUGCGGUGAUACAUGAUAAAAUAUGUCGGAUUUUA